AUGCAGCACUUAACGCCCUUUGAAACCUAUCUGCGAUUAAUUUCCGAUGUUUUAAGCAUCAUAACAAUAUCAACGUGCUUUAUUUUGAAAGUGCCACAAAUUAUUAACAUUCUUAAACUAAAAAAUGCCAGGGGGAUCAGUUUAAUUGGACUUCUCAUGGAACUAUCCAGUUACACCAUUAUGAUGUCCUAUAACUAUCGUAACAACUAUGCAUUGCUUUCGUACAUGGAAUAUCCAAUAAUAUUAUUCCAGGAAUUAAUUCUUAUAUUCUUUGUAUUGUACUACAAAAGUCAGCUCAAUAUAAUCAGUGUUUUUAUUAGUGGUAUUUAUUUUACCAUAGCUGGCUCUUUCUUAAUUGGUAUAGUUCCAAUUGGAGUUUUGGCUUUUCUUGUGCCAUUAUGUACCCCAAUAGGAGCAUCAUCCAAAGUAGUGCAAUUAUUUGAAAUCAUAAGAACCAAGAAUUCAGAUUCCGUUAGUGUGCUUACCUGGUUUAUAUCUGCAUUCACAAAUUUUACACGAAUUUUCACAAUUAUGGUAGAAUCUGCUGAUUUAACACUCCUAUUGAAUUUUGGAGUUAAUACUGUAUUAAGUAGCUCAAUAAUGCUAGCAGCUUAUUUCUACAAACAUAAAAAAGCAGAUUAA